AUGAACCCGCAACCACAAUCAGAUAUGAUGGACUACAGUAUGUGUGGAAGAACUCAGGAUCCGAGACCUUUUCAACAAGUUAACGAGAGGGUAAAAGACACUGCUAAAACGCCAUACUGCCAGAAAGCUGAGGAGACUAUUGAAGAUCUGUUCAACAAAGUCAUGGGUGCCAUUCAUCCCGAAGUUCUCGCCACUAUCAAGGCGGAAGGGGUCCAUUCUGAUGACUUUACCAUGGACAAUAUCAACAUUGAGUCCUGGCAGACCGACAACUCCCUCUCCCGGAGCAGAGCUUUAGCCAGCAGCAGCAACUGCUACAGUGCUAUGAAGAAGAAAAUCCGUAUAAGGAACAUGGAUUUCGCCAACUUCGCUGAAACCCAACGAGCAGCGGCCACUCGCGUCAUUCACUGCAACUAUCUUCCCCUGGCAAACGACGGCAGGUUUCCUCAAGACCAAGCAGCUCGCACAUUCUACAUUCGUCGGCUGUACGAAGCCUUCACCGACAUAACCCAAUGUAUCGACAGCGCCACCGUUGCCAAUUUCGACCUUCGUUGGGCUACCCUCUCAUCCAGUACCUCCCCCUACACACCAGCCAUGAUCACCACAAUCUGCCACGCCCUCCUCUCCAUUGCCAACAACCUGCACACUCAAGGCCCCAUCUCUCUCAACGUCUUCGACAAAGGCAAGCUUGAGAACGUAUACAAGUUCCGCGAUCUCACAUUCGGUGCGCGCGUCGACAAGGUGUGUGAGCUGAUGCGCAUCAGCAAGACUAGAUGA